AUGAAACCGAUAAUACAAGAAAACAAGUGCGUAGAGAGAAACCGCCACCGUAAGCAGAUGAGCCAUAAAAGAAGAGGUCUAGUGAUAUACCAGGACCAGAAACAGCCGCAGCACUCCUCCGGCCAGUCCAUAAGUUCUCUAGCCUGGUCCGCGACACAACGGCAACAGCAACAGCACCACCACCACCCUUUGAAACAGCAAGGUACCAACAGUUUCACAAAAAUAUUGUCGAAAUCGUAUUUACAACAGGAUGUCCAGCAGGACAACAGUCACCUCCCCAUCUCAUCGCUAGUUCUGAAGCAGCAGCAGCAGCAGCGCAAAAAUACGCCAUCACAGAGCUCAGGACCUCCGUUGCCAAAGCUAGUUCAAGACUCACAGUGGACUAGCUCCACAACUCAUCGGCCCUCAUGGAAGCAAGAGAAGCAACCAAAAUUGUUCUACCAUACAGACUCCAGACUCGUUUCGCAACUACAUAGCUCCGUAAAGGACCUGGACACCAUUAUCCAAACGCAUAAGCCAAGGUUUGACACAAUUAUUCACGACCUAUCUCAUACCAUAAUAUUGUCCUCGAACGAGCUGCUCAUAAAGCUCCCGACGAAAGACGCAAUAAUACUGCACAGCAGAACACCCAUAAUAAAUGCGGAAUGGCUGCGGAAUAAACUCAGUAACGCUGGCGCCUCACUAGUGAUCGAUUCAAAAUCCUUUUUGAUCCUGUGUAACAAUAUAAAAUGGUACCUGCACUGGAAGUUUAUAUGA